CAGCCCCCUGUUCUCUGUCGUCCCCUCCGCAGCCCCGACUCCCGGUCUGGGAUAGUCGUGCCCGGAGCUCGGGAUGUUCCCAGAACUCAAUAACCUUCUCAACACCACCCCUGACAGGACGGAGCAGGGGAAACUGACUCUACUCUGUGAUGCCAAGACAGACGGCAGCUUCCUUGUGCACCACUUUCUCUCCUUCUACCUCAAAGCUAAUUGUAAAGUCUGCUUUGUGGCACUCGUCCAGUCCUUCAGUCACUACAAUAUCGUGGGAAGGAAGUUGGGUGUCAGCCUGACUGCGGCCCGGGAAUGUGGGCAGCUUGUGUUCCUCGAGGGACUUAAGUCUUCCGUGGAUGUCUUCUUCCGGGCUCAGGCAGAGCCACACCCCCUGCAAUUCCUCAGGGAGGCCGAUGCGGGGAGCCUGCAGCCCGUGUAUGAGUUUGUCCGAGAGGCUCUGAAGCCCGUGGAGGACGGACAGGCUGCAUGGAGGUACCCGGUCCUGCUGGUGGACGACCUCAGUGUGCUGCUGAGCCUGGGUCUGGGGGCAGUGGCUGUGUUGGACUUCAUGCACUACUGCAGAGUUGCCGUGUGCUGGGAACAAAAGGGAAACAUCGUGGCCCUGGUACACGACAGUGGAGACGCCGAGGACGAGGAGAAUGACAUCCUCUUGAAUGGCCUUAGUCACCAGAGCCACCUGAUCCUGCGGGCUGAGGGCCUGGCUACGGGCUUCUGCAGGGAUGUGCACGGGCAGCUGAGGAUCCUCUGGCGAACACCAUCACAGCCUGCAGCCCAGCGGGACCGGAGCCUCACUUACCAGUACAAGAUACAGGACAAAAGUGUGUCCUUUUUUGCCAAAGGAAUGUCUCCUGCUGUUCUGUGACCUGAUUGAGGAGCACAUGGAGCGACCUUGGACCAUUUUCAGAUGUGAAAGAUAGAGUGAUGGGUCAGAAUGGACCUGUACACCUUUGAAGUGGCAUUUCAGCCUGGACCGGCAGCCCCGCUGCGGUGCAGGGCAGUGGAAUGGGGCCGUGAUGGACGCCCUCGUUCCCCUGGGCCCUGGGCAGAAAACGCAGAGGGAGUGGUAACCCAGCCUCUGCAGAGAGAGAUGCCACAUGUCGAACCCGGGUGAAAAUGGUGCUGGGAGCCUUCCCUUAAAUAUGCUUUCGCCUCAACCACCCGUUUUUCGCCGUUGUGACUUUCAGACCCAGAGUGGGUAUGAAUGUGCCAGCUAGGAGAUGGUCCCGGGUGGCAGGCACCCGAGGGACGCCGUGGGUAAUCGUGGCUGGCAUGAGGAGAGCCCCAUAUCUUGGCUUCCUCGUGAUGGGCUGUCAUAUUUCAUUUUUACCCGCGUCCUGCAGAGGUAUUUGCCCUUCAGUCCAGUAAGAAAACCAGCUUAAAGGGGUUUGGCAGCGCACUCAAGGCUGGAGAGUAGCUGUACGCACCAGAGCCUGACUGAAGUCUGCACUUGCUGACAGAGCCUCCCAGAAACCAGGGGCAGGCCCCCCACUUGAUUGACGGCUUCACUCCCUCCUGGUUCUGGGGUCCCUGGCAUGUGAUGCUUCCUGGCUUGGUGAGAGGGGUAAGGAGUGUUCUUGCUGCCAGGAGGGAUGGGGCCUUGGCAAGUUGUUGCCUCCCUCACCUGUGAAGACCAAAGGGGUGAGCUCUAGCCCCAGUGUCCCAUAGAUGCCCAUCAGUCAAGAUGGGCUCAGGAUAGACCCCAGGGGCAGUCCCUUAAAGUGGGUACAUUUUUGUUGUAUGCAGAUUAUACCGCAAUGAAUUUGAUUUUAAAAAUAAAUAAAAUGAAACAACACUGCUCUGCA